UUUGUCAUGUAUAAAAGCACAGCUCUGUCAAGUUACUUUAAGCACUAAGAUCAUCUCUCCUGGGAUAAGCAUCACUCACCAUGGACGAUAUUUACAAAGCAGCGGUUGAGCAACUUACAGAGGAGCAGAAAAAUGAAUUCAGAGCAGCUUUUGAUAUUUUCGUACAAGACGCAGAAGAUGGCUGUAUCAGCACAAAGGAAUUGGGGAAAGUAAUGAGGAUGCUUGGUCAGAACCCCACCCCUGAGGAACUUCAGGAGAUGAUAGAUGAGGUGGAUGAAGAUGGUAGCGGCACGGUAGACUUUGAUGAGUUCUUGGUAAUGAUGGUCCGAUGUAUGAAAGAUGACAGCAAAGGAAAAUCAGAAGAAGAACUAUCAGAUCUAUUCCGAAUGUUUGACAAAAAUGCUGAUGGGUACAUUGAUCUUGAUGAGCUUAAAACCAUGUUAGAAGCAACCGGAGAAACAAUUACUGAAGAUGAUAUCGAAGAACUGAUGAGAGAUGGAGACAAAAAUAAUGACGGCAGAAUUGAUUAUGAUGAAUUCCUGGAAUUCAUGAAGGGUGUUGAAUAAAUAUCAACCUAUCGCAACUUCAAUAUGUGAACCCAUUGUCUGUUACCACCCAUUUGUUUUAUGACCCCUGGACUGGAUCUUGAAACAGCAUCUCAUUACAAAAAUAAAAUAAAGAUGUCAUACACAAAAUAAAAAAUACUGGAUUUGUUGUUGCAGUCAUGUGAAAUGAUUUUGUUAUUGCCAUGUAAGAUAUUUUGGAAAUACAGAAGAAGGACCGGCAUAACUGCUUAAAUUGUGAUUUUAAUUUAUAUGCUAAUUUGAAGAGUAACAUUUUGACUACUGAUUAGCGCUUAUGAUGUCUACUGGGAACAGGGACAGUAAAAAUGUUGAACCUAAAGCAAAGUCAGCAGACUAUAUGUGACCAUAUAAAACAUCGUCCUCACUGUGACCUUGGAACCCUUAAAGUAUACAGGGCUAUAUUUAUAAAGGGAAAAGAAAUGGUGGUAUUCUGUAACAAAGUGCUAAAUGAGUAGGUAUCACCAUAGCAACCCAUGCAAUAUACCUCAACAUUUAGCGCUUCCCAGAUUAGGAACUGUUUUGCUUUGAUAAACAAGACCUGUAAAGUUUAAGUAAUUGAGCUGACAAUCACUGUACUUCCAAACAGAAACAUUGUGAAUACUUUGUAAUAUGCCACCCAUUAAUUUUAUAUAUAAUGUAAUUGAUAAGUAUGAAAACCAUGUUACUCUGCAGACAUAUAUACGCAAAUGUUUACUGUUUAACUCUUUGAUUACGGGAGUGUUGAGUAAAGCUUCAUUCAGUACACUUUGCAAUCUUCUGAGAAGUGUCAGUCUAUAACCCUGGUGUUAAAACAUUAUGUUCUGCUAAUAAAUCAAUUUGCAAUAUA